UUCACCGCCGGCUCCGCCGUGCUGGCCGCGGCCAACAACAAGGAGACGCUGCUCGCCGGCCGCCUGGUUGUGGGGCUCGGCAUCGGCAUUGCUUCCAUGACGGUGCCCGUGUACAUCGCUGAAGUCUCACCGCCCAAUUUAAGAGGUCGAUUAGUCACCAUUAAUACCCUCUUCAUCACAGGAGGGCAGUUCUUUGCAAGUGUUGUUGAUGGAGCCUUCAGUUACCUCCAAAAGGAUGGAUGGAGGUACAUGUUGGGGCUUGCGGCAAUCCCAGCGGUCAUACAGUUCUUUGGCUUUCUCUUUUUACCUGAGAGCCCUCGAUGGCUCAUUCAGAAAGGACAGACUCAGAAGGCCCGGAGAAUUUUGUCUCAGAUGCGCGGUAACCAGACCAUUGAUGAGGAAUAUGACAGCAUCAAAAACAACAUUGAAGAAGAGGAAAAAGAGGUUGGCUCAGCUGGACCUGUGAUCUGCAGAAUGCUGAGUUAUCCCCCAACUCGCCGAGCUUUAAUUGUGGGUUGUGGCCUACAAAUGUUCCAACAGCUCUCAGGCAUUAACACCAUCAUGUACUACAGUGCAACCAUUCUGCAGAUGUCUGGUGUUGAAGAUGACAGACUUGCAAUAUGGCUGGCUUCGGUUACAGCCUUCACGAAUUUCCUUUUCACACUCGUGGGUGUGUGGCUUGUUGAGAAAGUGGGCCGCAGAAAGCUUACCUUUGGUAGUUUAGCAGGUACCACCAUAGCACUCAUUAUUCUUGCUUUGGGAUUUCUGCUAUCAGCCCAGGUUUCUCCACCCAUCACUUUAAAGCCAGUAGCUCCUCCAGGUCAGAACACUACUUGCACAAGAUACAGUUACUGUGAUGAAUGUAUGUUGGAUCCAGACUGUGGUUUCUGCUAUAAGAUGAAUAAAUCAAUCGUCAUUGACUCCUCCUGUGUUCCAGUUAAUAAAGCGUCCACAAAUGAGGCAGCCUGGGGCAGGUGUGAAAAUGAAACCAAAUUCAAAACAGAAGAAGUAUUUUGGGCUUACAAUUUCUGCCCUACUCCAUACUCCUGGACUGCACUGCUUGGCCUUAUUUUAUAUCUUGUUUUCUUCGCACCAGGAAUGGGACCGAUGCCUUGGACUGUGAAUUCUGAAAUCUAUCCCCUGUGGGCAAGAAGUACAGGAAAUGCAUGUUCAUCUGGAAUAAAUUGGAUUUUUAAUGUCCUGGUUUCACUGACGUUUUUACACACAGCAGAGUAUCUUACAUACUAUGGAGCCUUUUUCCUCUAUGCUGGCUUCGCUGCUGUGGGUCUCCUUUUUAUCUACGGCUGUCUUCCUGAGACCAAAGGGAAAAAGUUAGAAGAAAUUGAAUCACUCUUUGACAACAGGCUAUGUACAUGUGGUGCUUCAGAUUCGGAUGAAGGGAGAUACAUUGAAUACAUUCGAGUGAAGGGAAGUAACUAUCAUCUUUCUGACAACGAUGCUUCUGAUGUGGAGUAAUUGUCAGCUGCUGAUAUAUUUAGUUAUUUAAACAAACUUGGGAGAGAAGAACAGCAAUUGGUGACCUCACUGCCCUGCUUUUAAUCUGGUUCUUUCCACAGCCUAGUUUUGAAUGACUACGUAUUCUAGAGUAUUUGAUUCCAAGGAAGAUACUUUACCAUGAUGACUUUCUGUUUCACAAGCAGAGACAUUAAAAAAAAAAUUACAGAGGUUUUAAUCUAAUAAUUAUUGAACAAACACGUGUAAUUCCUUCCUGAGAUAGUCUAAAAUGAAUAUUGCAUCCAGUGACUUCAGUGACAUCCUUUUUUUCCUAAGACCAUAUGUAAUUGUUAGUGGCAACUGAGUUAGAGCUAAUCUAGCCAAAUCGUACAUGUAUGAUAUACUCAUCACAAAAGAUUCUGGGAUAUGGUCCAAGGGUGUUUUCUGUCAAAGCAUGGCCUAUUGGUCCUAAAUUUUCCUAAAGACUAGGAGCUCCUCUGUGAUCAGCUUAUUAGAAAGUAAAUUCCAUAUAAGCAUUCAUCAACGAAUUCCAAAGUGCCUCCUGCCAGGGCAUGGCUGUCCUCAUAGCCUUUGGAUUCCACAUUUUGGUUUUUCUCUCCAAUUCAGAUCUUAAAAGUUCUUCAGAAAUGGACUCUGUACAGGAUCUUUUGAACAUGAUGAAAAGCAGGUCUUUUAGGGUUUAUUUUCCUACGUAUUUUUGCAUCCGUGAUAAGUAGACAUUUGCACAGAUAGGCUAGCGAGUUUUGAUAAGUGUAUUUUAUUGCCAGGAAGAAAGAAAGAAAAGAUUUUUAUGGACCUUAAAAGAUUUUUUUUUUAACCCAGACUGAGUUGGUCACUUAGGUGUGCACCUGUAAACACAAAAUAGAUCUUCAAGUAGAUCUUCAACUGUCUUUCUAGGUCAGUUUUUGUUCUCACCGAAAUCUCCUGAUAUUCACCACGCCUUUGCUCAUCGACUCUCGAGUCCUACUGUUUGUGCCUUCCUUUGUGUUAUAUAAAUAGCUGCUAGUGGACUAUUUUCCCCCUUCUUUUAAUCAAAUAAGUCCUGAGACACAAAAAGAAGGAAGAAAAUCAGUGACAGAAAUAAUCCUGCAGUUAACUGAUGUUUGUUUAAGUAGUGGGACUUCUAUUUUUCUUACCUUUUUAUUAACUUCCUAAGGGAACUGUCACAUUUUAUGAUUUAAUGGUACUUGUCUUUUUUUUUAAUCCUAAGAACAUAAACUGGUUUUUAUUUUGCACACCUUUUCUCAUUUUCCCUGACAUUUUAUUUGUAAGAAGAAGAUACAUAGAUUUGUAUGUGGGUGUUUUCUUUUUCUCAUGCUUGGCUUGGAUUUUUUUCCCUCUUGUCUGAAAAUUGGGGUUUUUUUCUGUUAGAACAGAUUGAUGGUUUUCAUAUAGCUUACUACAUUGCUACAGUGUCUUUUCAGAGUGUUCAUUGGUUCUUAUGCUCAUUCAUCAAUGAACUCUAAUUUUUGCUCAGAUACUAAGAACUAUAUAGUAAGUAAAAAAUUACUCACAAAGCUACUUGCUAGUUUCAGUGAAAAUAUGAAUGACUUCUGUGGCCAGUUUAGGAGUCCAUACAUUUGAUGCAUUUUAACAUGGCUCUAAACAUCUAAUAAGGUACUCUUUGGAGUGCAAAGGUGGCCAUCUCUAAAUUCAGUUUGUCUCUGCCAGUCGCCAAGAUGGUCUGGUCUCAAAGUCCGGCUUAUUCCUAUCACGGUGAUCAAAGCUGAGAAUGUUGCCAGGAGGUUCAUUCUCUAAGCCUAAAAAUCUUUCAGCCAAAAAAAUUUUCUUCCUUUUGAUCAUUUCAUGUAAUUAAAAAAAAAAAAGUCAGAGAGAUAUUUGCCUUGAAUUAGGUGCUUUGACAGUUGACUUCUAACAGGAUAUCAGUAUUGAUUUUUCCCAGGAAAACAGAUGUGCUUUAAUAGAGAAAAGUAUUAUUCCACGGAUAUUUCUUAUCCCAUAAGAAAUUUCUUAUGUUUACUAUUUCACACAGGUAAAGUCAAGUGGAAAAAUGAACUACCGUGUGGUAAAAUCAGAGUAUGAUGGGAAGAAAGGUAUUUAGACCAAUAAAGUGAUCUCUUUAAAAAUUUGUUUUUCUAAUUUAUCCGAAUAAUUGCCUCAGUUCUUCUCUUUAUCGUAUACAUAGCCUUAACUAUAUGCUUACAUACUCAGCUGAGCUGAAUGCACAGUAACUUUAUUAAAGGAGCAACUAGACUCAUUAUUUCCUAAAGCCGAACAAGGCCUAUUUUCCCUGACAUUAGCAAAUGAUGUUUUCAACUCUUUAUCCACAAAUGCACAUAAUAACAGGGAAAAAUAGCCACAGUUCUCUUCCCCUGUUUGCCUCAAUUCCUUCUGUAAAGGACUACUUGUUAUUUAUAUAGUGAUAAAGAUAAUAUUCCGUAUCUUUGACGUACAAGACAGAGAGGCACAGUAUAAGAAUUAUUUAUAAUUUUUUAAUAACAACUACUUGAAAAAUAACCUUAUACAAUUAGUGUAUUAUUUUUAGAUUCAGUGAACAUUUAUAGUAUAUUAAAAAUUAAAUGAAUUUUGCAGGUUUUUUAAUAUGCACCUUUAAGUUAUCAGCAUCUCUGCUACCACUGUCAACAUGAAAACAUUCCAUCUGAAAUAUCAUCAAAUAUGUAUUUUGUAGGAUAAUUUAUAUAUGGUAUGAGUUGACUUACCAUAUUAAAACACAUUAAGCAUCGUGCUUUUCACUGAAAUUAUCAGUUUCCUUCUAAACAUGCUGCAAAUUCAAUAGAGGUAUAUUAUGAUUUAGGAAAAUAUAAUGACGAAGAUCAUAACACCUACUGAGGUUUAGCUAGAUAGCUAAUGAGAUCUGCACUGGACUUAAGAGAAUGUAUCUGCAUCUGAACACUUAGGGGUGAAUGUGACGUCAGAUAGGUUUUAAAGGUUUGGUAUUAAUAUUUUUUCUUAAAUGUAAACAUUCCUAAUAAUUUUGAUUGCUGCAUCUUAGUAAUUAUCCAAAAUGUGAUUUUUAGUAUAUAUGUAAAUGAUCUAAAUUAACACUAGAUUUAAAAGGUAAUAUUUCCAUUUGAAAUUUUAUCCCCAAGUCAUAUGUUAGUAGUUAGUUCCUUGACAGAUAAUGCUAUGAGAAGAAUGCUAUCAAGUGCUAUUCAUAAUUUUAUUUUACCACUCAACCAUUUUAGUAUAUAUAAGAAUCUAAAUAUUAUUUAUUAAGUUAUUCAUUCUAAAGUGGGAAAUCUGUUAAAGCAAAGAAUUUAGAAAUUGUUUACUAUCAUUCCGAAAUCAGUAAUCCAGAGGAAGAAUUAACAGGAAAAAUGUAAGCUGACAACUUAUCCUUUUGCUUUUAUAUCAGAAAGUAAAACUUAAAUGUGAUAUGAUAAUUCAUAAAUCCUGGGGGGGAGGAUAUUCUAGAAACUACUACUCACACGUUAUCUAAGAAAGUCUCACACUUUAAUGACACUAAUAUAUUUUAUAAAUACCGUAAUACAGUUGGAGGAGUCACAGGGAAGUUGUUUUGACUUCAUUUUUAAUCAGUACAGUAAUUAAGAACAUUAAAAUUAAUAAGAUGUUUUGUUAUAAUCAGAUUUUUUUUACUAUUCUCCUAGUUAUAAAAUCUCAAGUCAUAUUAAGCACCUAACAACUGUCAUUUAUACAGUUAUUUAUUGUGACAUAUUUUAAAUUGCCAAAAUCAGACAUUUUCACUAACUGCAAAUAAAAGAAUGACCUAUCAGGCCAGGAGCAGAGAAUUCUUAAUAUGUGCUUUAUACCAAAAUGUAUUAAACUAUGGAUAGAACUUACAGCUCAUGGGUCGCUUCUGCCUAUAAAAAGACUCAGAAUUGUUCUCUGGAUUAAUUUUAACAUCCUGUUUUUUGUCACUUUCUAUCAAUUUUCUUAGCCUCAUGUGUAGUCAUGUUAAGCUAAUUUGAUGAAGUGAUUCAGGUUGUAGCAGCAUAUCAGUUUUCAGGAUCUUCGGUUCUUCUGGAUGAGCAACACUGCUGCUGUUUUCCAGAAAUAGCAAUCAUUGUAAAAUGCCAAACAGCUCACGGCUACCAACUCUCUGGAAUAGCAUCUCUUAGAGAAGGAAUUUUCUGUGUGCCAAUAAUCAUCAGAGAGAGAUUCUGUGUUGAUGAUGCUCAGAAGCACAUGAAAGAACUUUAUCUCAUAAUGUGCUUGUGAGUGUAAAACAAUGUAAUUCUUACAAAUCUUUACUUUGUAUGUAUAAAACACAGUCUGCUGCACUUGAGUGAUUUGGUCUAUGGAAUGUUAAAUACCUACCUUCACUUAGUAAUAUUCAGGUUUUGAUUUUAGACAGUUAAGUCCAUGUGUUUGAUUUUGUCAUAUCAAUAUAAAUGAGAAAAAGAAAUAUAGCUUACAAGUACAUAAAACUUAAAUACACCAAUAUUUCACAAAGUUUUAAAAUUUUUAGCAAAUCUUACAUUAUUCCAUCUCAUUUGAAGGUUAAAAAAGAUGUGACUUAACUCUAGCCAAAGUAGAAAUUUAUAUUCUACGUGUCCAUACUGUUCCUAGCAGCUUUUGGACGAUAUCUCACUUGAUGUUAUAGUAUCUUUUAUUUGUAAUAAAUGUUCAAAUUUCUAUUUAAAAGCUCUAAUGUACAUCAAGAUUAAAUGAAAACACAGUUUUGUGCAUUUAAAAUAUGUUUUCAAAAUGUAUAUUUUCAUUUCUGAGUGCAUGUUAUAUAGUGUUUAAUAUUUCACGUCUUAGCAAAUCCAAUAUGAAUAUUUAUUCCUACAUGUGACAUAUGGGAUAUCUCUUAAAAAUUAUUAAUAUGUAUCAUUUCCUUCAAAGUCAUUCUAGCCUAUAGCUGUAUCAAAAUUAUUGUAUAUUUUAUGGAGAUUUAGUGAUGUAUAUGUAAAUGUUUUUUAAGUUAUUUUAUUGAAGUUCAAUCUUUACAUAAAAUUUAAAUCUUUUUUUUUAAAAAAAAGUGUCAGUGCCAGAACUGUAAAUGAAAAUAAUCAAAUAAAAGUUAAGACAAUUCAUUACUCAUU